AUGGCCUACAAAAGAACUUAUACACAAAAGGAGUCUGGGGACGAUAAAACUACCCAAUUGAGCUUGGAGUUGGACAGUAAAAAGGCGGUCACUGUUUCGCUGUUCAAGGGAAUCCCCUUGGUUGAUAUCCGCGAAUAUUAUACUGAUGCUAGCACGAAAGAGCGCAAACCUGGCAAAAAGGGCAUAGCCUUGACUGUUGAAACCUGGAAGAAAUUGCUUGAACUGCAAAAUGAAAUAAAUGAAGCUUUAGACAGUCUACAGAACAAGAAACAGAAAGUUGAAAAGAAUGACGAAAAAGAGGAAGCUGAGAAAGAUGUUGAAGAACCAAAGGCCGUAAAGGAAGAACAAGAGUGA